AAUAAGAAAAAACGUAUAGAGAAGCAGAAAGCAACAGGGGUUAAUUACUCUAAUGAUCUCCCUAGUUUCAUUGGAUGAUGCUGUAGAGUAUACGCUCCCGGUGGUCCCCGGGAAGAACGGAGUCUAAUAAAAGUGGUAGUCUUGAAAUUUUUCUUCUUUCUUUUGCUUUAUCACCAAAAUAAUGGAAAUAUCUUGGAAAUUAGCAAUAUGCAUGUAUUAUUAUGCAGAAUACACUGAAGAAAAUGUUAAAAAAUAUACCGAAGAAAUAAAAAGGUUAGGCGAUGUCGAAAUCUGUUAUAACAUAGAUCCAAAACAGCCAAUUAUUGUAACUAAAGAAAGGAUUCGCAAAAUGCCUAAUUCCUACCAAUUAUAUCCAGCCACAUUAGAUUAAUCAAAAAGUUGCCGAAGUGGAAGGAGAAGAUGAGGUGGUAAAGGCUCUUUCGUGCCACGCUUUAUUUUCAGAUAACAUAUAAUAAAAAAAAUUUUUUUUUUAAUUCCUAUUUCUUUAGAUCUUU